GUGCAGAACGACCACCAAACGUCUUCGAAAGCCACGACCGCUGCCGCUAGACCGCUUAGCAGCUAGGCUUGAAAAAGCUGACGCCAAUGAACAAACAUCGGAGCACUUCACCAGAGCCCUGCAGCUUUAGCGACUCGGGCGACCUACUUUCGGCGCCCAGUACCAAAUGGAACCCGUCAUCCACGGACGCCACGUCUUGCAAGCGUGGUCGCCGGACUCCGCUCAAGGUACGGUUGGCCGUUGGACCGUCACGGUAUGGUUCCAACGUAACUUACAAUGACGGCGUCCGCAGCAGCGACCUCUUGCAGCCCACGGAAUACUCUUCGGGCUCCUUGGCAACGGAGACUACAGACGCGGAAGACACGUACGGGCAGCGCUCGGCUUACACCACGCAAGCCUCCGAGGCCGAGGGUAUGCUCAGCGCGUACCAGCAUUGCGGAAGGCUGUACGCUAUGCAGCAGCAGCAGUUGCACCAGCAGCUGCAACAACAGCGGCAGCAACAGCAGCAGUUGCCUGGACUCCAGUCGACCUACAUCGAUGAAGUGCCGGAUCCAGAAUUUCCACCGUAUAAGUACCAGCCUCUCCAAGGAACAAGCGCGCAGUCACUCAUUGGACAUGAAGGACCUAAUAGUGCCACGCACUCAAGGUUUGCCCUGUCCACCCCGCCUGCCACACCGACACCCUCGAGCCCAGUUUACCAGCCAAGUUGUGCCUCUGACCUCUUUUCCCAUUCCGGAACAAAAUCGCCCGACACGCGGGAGUGGUCACAUUCCGAACACCAAGCUCCUGCCGAAGGCGUCGCCGGAAGCGAAGUCUCGCCUGUGACGACGAGCGGACAGCAGGUGAACGUGCAGCCCGCGGCUUCUCUGCCAUCGGCCACCGUGCUGAGCCAGGGCGCCGCCGGGGAGCUCACAGAUAUCGAGUGGCCACCGAAACGGCAGGACUCAGUGGUAGAAGGCUCAAAACCCGAAGCUCCCUCGAACGACGGCGCCAGCGUUCGCGGAUCGGCGCAAGCCGGCGUUACGGAGGGCGCCGCCGUCGACGGACUGCGGAUUCUUCCGGCCAACAGAGAAUGGCUGCUGUACCCGGUCGCGUUGCUGCUGCUCGGGGUAGCCAUCGGCGUAGUCACCAUGGUCGUCGUGCCGUUCAGGAAGACUGCCCUCACUUUCCUGCAGCCGUCCACGUGCACGACACCGACGUGCAUGCAGAAAGCUUUUUACCUGAGCCACCUGCUUUCCUGGGACGACAUGAGCCCGUGCGACGAUUUUUACAUGUUCGUGUGCCGCCGGUGGAGUAACCAGGCACCCGCAGCUUCCGAGGAGGGAUCCCUCUCCUUUGACGACGACUACGCCGCAAUUAUAGAAGAAAAAAUGUACGCCUUGCUACAGAACGAAUCCCGAGCGGGACGCCUUAACGUUCAGGCGCUGAGUACACUGCUAGAUAAGUGCGUGGACGCCAAGCGCAUCGACGACGACGGCUGGAACCCGUUCCUCGAGGUCCUGUUCGAUAUGUCUCUCGAAGGCUUCCCCCUGACCCCUCCCGUGCGCCAGAGUUUGUCUGUAUGGAAGCUGGCGGGAAAGCUGCUACGCCGUUCGGGCACAGCCGCCUUGCUGGACGUUAGCGUCGCCACUCAGCCGUCGACUUCCAACCAAGAGGUCGUGAUGGUGGGAUUGCCGGAAGUGAUAAGCACUGCAGAGGGCGUGGAUGUCAACGAGCUCAUUCGUUUCUACACCAACGCCGCCUUCGCUGCCGUCAAUGCACUGCGUAAAGGUUUCGUUCCAACGGCUUACACCAUGGAUAUUGCUAAGUUUGCCAGCGAGCUCGAGAGACUGUACGAGAUGAGGGACACAGGUAACUUCAAGGUCGAGACUCUAGCAUCUCCGUCCCCAUUGCUCGACUUCCUAACCGAAGCCCUGAAAGGGCUCCCAAUAUUCAAUGGAGCCGGUUCAGACAUUCUCAUCGUUUCCCCGGCAUUUGUCAAGAAAACAAUACAACUAGUCGAGAAGACCGAGCCUCACACGGUGAUCAAUUUCUUAUGCGUGCGGUUCAUGAUUCAGACGUCAGCCUUCCUGCCCAGUUCCGGGCUGACGGAGUUCUACAGCACGCUGGCUUACGGCAAACUGAGGUCCAGUGUGCCGCGCCAGAACCUGUGCAUUCGCGUUGUGGAGAGGACGCUGUCGCAUCUCUUUCUUUACGGCUCGUUCACCGAACUCAACCUGCACGCGUCGGCCACGAAGUUCUCUGACCUUGUCAUGGAUAUCGUAAAAGAAUUCCUCCACGGCAUCAAUGCAUCUCCGUACUUCAACCACGCUUCACGAGCAGCCAUACGAACAUUAGUGUCCAAGACCCGCUUCAAGGUUCUAGGUCCGUCCUGGGUGAGGGACAAGAACGCCGUCGAGCGCUACGCUAAGAACGUCCCGAUGUUCCGAAGUAAGCGACCGUUGGACGCCUAUCUGGCGCUCUGCGAGUACGCCUUCGUCGACGUAGUAUUGCGCGGCCCAUCUCAGCGCUGGCCCCUGUCCGCGUUCUCCACCCGAUGCCGCUACGAGCUCAGCACCCGGAGCGUCUACGUGCCGGCGCUGCUUUUCAACGUCAGCUUGCCAUUUGACAACAAGAACGCCGAUGCGUUGCAGCUACCGCGCGCCAGCACCCGCCUAAGCAGGUGCCUGUUCGACAUGCUGAUCGCCGUGAGCAACCUCACCGGCCUCGUGAGCAAUGACGACUACGCACCGGAGCAGUGGCUGAACCGCGAGACGAGGCUGAGACUGCGACAGGCAGAGCGCUGCUUCGAGGAGCGCGACGACGACCGGCAGUCGCUCAACGAGCUGCGUGACUUGCUCGCGGCGCAGGUCGCGCACGGCCACUUCCGCCGCAGCGCCCAGACGUCGGGCGCGCUCCUCCCUCUGCGGCUGCCUCGCGGCGGCGACGAAGAGCCCGUGCUGAGCGAGGACCAGCUCUUCUUCGUCCACCUCGUGCUGCAGUCGUGCCACAAGCAGAGCAGCGACCAGAAGAUAGCCGGGCCGCACAGCGGCGUCGAGUGGAACGUGGCGCUGCGCAGUUACGCAAACUUCUCCGAGGCCUUCCAGUGCCAGCCGGGCGCCGCCAUGAAUCCGGGAAAGCAGUGCCUCUCCUGAAUUACUGCCGCGCCGGGUCCACUAAAUUUAUGGGCGUCGGAGAAGCCUGUGAACAGCUGGACUUGUUUUUAUUGGGAAAGGGAGAAAAAAGAGUUUUCACAGAAAAGCUUCGCAUCACCAAACAA